UAAUGCAAUGGCGGCGUGGGAGUGAAGCAGUAACGGGAAGCAUAUGUUUGACAGCUCUGCUUGAGCGUAGUGCUUAGGUUUAAUUACUGGCUAAGCCACCAAAAUUUUAUCUGUUUAACAUGUUAAUUCUUGACAUCCAACUAGUCGUAGUAGUUCUUUGCUUCCCAUUUUCUAUAGGAGACGACUAUUAUGAACUAUUGGGUGUCCAAAAAAAUGCGAAUAACAGAGAAAUAAGAAAAGCUUUUAAGAAACUGGCCGUUACAAUGCACCCUGACAAAAACCAGGCUGAUCCAGAUGCACAUACCACGUUUGUGCGUCUUACAAAGGCCUAUGAAGUGUUGAAAGAUGCUGAGUCUCGAAAGAAAUAUGAUCUGUAUGGAGAGGAAGGUGUUGGCACUUCUGAUAAGCAGAGUUAUCACUCGUGGAGUUAUUAUCGUGACAAUUUUGGUAUUUAUGAUGAUGAUCCAGAGAUUGUCACACUUAACAAGGCUGACUUUGAUCAGAGUGUUCUGAACUCACGUUCACUAUGGUUCAUCAACUUCUACUCUCCUAUGUGUUCACACUGCCAUGAGUUGGCACCGGCAUGGCGUCGUCUGGCUCGGGAACUAGAAGGCGUGAUCAGAAUGGGUGCUGUUAACUGUGAAGAGGACUGGGUUCUUUGUCGCCAGGAGGGCAUCACAGUCUACCCGUCUCUUUUUGUCUACCCUGCUAGGGAGAAGUACAAUGGAGAACGUAAUGAGGAUGAUAUGCAGAAUUUCAUACUGUCACGGCUUCAAGCAAGUGUGCUGAGGGUGGAUGACAAAGUUUGGGAACAGGAUCGUGGCAGUUCCACGUGGCUGCUGGUGCUGUGCCGAGCCGAGGAUGACGGCUGUCUGGGUCCUGACACUAGACUCAAGCUUGCUGCCAUAUUGGAAGGUCUGGUGAUGGUGGGCCAAGUAGACUGCGGCAGUAGCGAAGAACUGUGCAAGAAGUUUGGUAAAAGUACAGAAUCCUGUGUAAUUUACUGGGAACCUCUGGAACAGCAUCCAGUUGGUGUGACACAUAGAAUUUUGGGAACAGAUGCAAAGGAAAUUGCAAAGGAAGUCCUGUCCUUUCUGCCUGAGCCAUCAGCAUUGGAUAAAGAAGGAUUUGAUGAGAUGAGAAAUGGACUAAAGAUUGGUUCUCCUUAUCCAUGGGUAGUGUACUUCUACUUGGGUGAAACAACAGCAGAUAUGGAGCUAGAAUUGAAGAAAUUGCCUGGUCUGCUGCCAGACAUGCGGCUCGGGAAGGUGCAUUGUGGACGAUGGGCUGAGCUGUGCAAGGACCUGCACAUAGCACGUUACCCAUUGUUUGCUGUCUUUAAGCUUGGUGGAGGUCAUGAGAUCCAUCAUGGGCGGGAAACAGCUCAUGAUAUUGCCAACUUUGCGAGGGACAGCAGUGCUGCUCCCAAUGUCCGAGUGUUGGCUCCACCAGAAUUUCCUGAUCUCUUAAGCAGUGGCCAUGAAAGUGGAGCAUGGUUAGUAGAUUUCUAUGCCCCAUGGUGUCCACCUUGCCUUCGACUAUUGCCAGAAUUGCGGAAAGCUUCGCGGCACUUUGAUUCAUCAGUGAACUUUGGAACUAUUGACUGCACAAUUCAUGCCAGUCUUUGUCGUCAGCAUAACAUCCGCUCCUACCCUACCACCAUUCUGUACAAUAACACUGAGAAGCAGCAGUUUCAUGGAGAUCACACAGCAACUUCACUUGUAGAUUUCCUGAAAGAUCUCCUGAACCCCGUAGUGGUGAAGCUUACUGAACAGUCUUUCUAUUCGAGUGUUGGUAAGAAAUCUCCAGAUGAGCUGUGGAUGGUGGAUUUUUUUGCACCAUGGUGUGGCCCAUGUCAGCAGCUAGCACCAGAAUGGAGGAAACUUGCUAAGAUGGUGUCAAGCGUGGCAAACAUUCACAUUGGAGCAGUGGACUGUGAAGCGGAGGUCUCGCUGUGCAGGCAGCAGGGAGUGCGUUCGUAUCCCACCAUCAGGCUAUACCCUCUGGGUGGCCAGGGCCUCUCCACCAUUGCUAUGUACAGUGGCUUUCAGAGGGAUGCACACUCACUGCAACAGUGGCUGUUUGGCUUCAUCCCUUCUCCCGUUGAAGAACUCACGCCUGAGAGUUUUGAACGUCGGGUGUUGAACAGUGAACAGCCCUGGCUUGUUGAUUUCUAUGCUCCAUGGUGUGGGCAUUGCGUUGUUUUUGCUCCAGAGUUCCAAAUUAUAGCUCAGAGACUGGAAGGCAGGGUACUUGCAGGCAAGGUUAACUGUAAUGCAUUCCGACAUUUGUGCCAUCAAGCUGGCAUAUCUGGUUAUCCUACUGUGUUGCUGUACUACGGUUCUGAUCGGCAUUACCAGGGAGUCGAGAUUCAAAGUCAGUCAGCAGACUAUAUCAUCGCUCACACAGAGCAUGUUAUAUCACAGCAGCAGCACCAGGAAUCUCAUUUAUCCCAUGAUGAAUUUUAAGUUCAUAAUUUCAUACUGUGAUGAUAUAUUUAUAAGGUACCCUCUGCAGACGGCUUCAACAGAGUACAGAAUUUAGUU